AUGAUUUUGGCUCUUUCUGUCCUUUUCCUUAUUCUAUCUUUCGUCGGCAUUUUCAUCUCAGGCCGUCUUUGUUGUUUUGGUACCGUAAAUUUCCUUCCAAUUCUCGGAUAUGCUGUCAAUAUGUUUUUCAUGACGACCGCUUGCUUGGGAAUUUUCGCUGAAAUUUAUAAUUGGAUUGAUGGACUUUUCUCCUGUAGCAUCAUGUGCAUCCUUUCUGGUGUUUACGGUAUUAUCACAAUUUUGUUUGGUAUCUCAUUCAUCAAAAACGACCAGGACUCAGACGAAAUUAAGCCUCAGCGAAAGAGAACUGCCUGCAUCCUCGAAAUCAUCUAUCUUACUGACAUUCUUCUGUGCAUGGUCCUCGCCAUUUCCUGCGAGAUGCGCCGAUCUUCCUUGGAGACUAACAACCCACCUUACGUUUUCGGCAACGAGAGUAAUAAUUCGAAUCUUAAUUGA